GCCCAGGCCUGGGCUGCAGGAGGCCCGGGGAGCUUCCAGUUGGGUGCAGAACUGUGGGUGCAGAUGGUGUUUCCUGGGGUGAGGGAUUGCAUUUUUAAGGGGCCAGUGGCCCAGGGAAGGUGAGGAGCAGUGCUUUGGUGCCCGGAGCAGGAAGGGAGGCCACAGCUCUCUGUCGACCAACGGCUCUGGUUCUUGGGGACAGAUCAGGCUGAGGGGGUGGGGACAGACGCAGCUCGGGGUUCUUCUGGAAGGUGACUGGACUUUUCCCCUGCUGACGGGCGAUCCCUGUCUGCUGUGACGGUGGCCCUGCCUGGCCCUGGGAAUGCAGUGGGGGACUUCUGAGCGGACAGAACCCCACGGUCAGAGCCGGGAGUCCUCCGGUCACUGGGCUUAUGGAAAAACCCAGGCACAGAGGGGCCAGGGAACCAAGGUCACUCAGCAGCCAGGCAAAGGCAGAGGCUGUGUGAUGCUCCUGCGGGUGACAUUGAGUUCAGUGUCCCUUCCCUGCGGGGGUGGUGGGGGAUGAGGUAGCGCAGCCUGUCCAGGCUUGCCUCUGGGAGUGCAUCUGAGGAAGAGGGGCUGCCUCGGGCAGGGACAUGCCUCGGUCACACCUCUCCGCCUCCUGCAACAUCACCUCCCCUGGUGGCACCUCGCCUCAGGCUGCAGCCAGCCCCCAGGAAGGCAGGCCACAGCAGGGCCCCAGUUCAAGUGCAGGGCUAGGAGGCUGCACUUCGGGACUUGGCCACUAGAGGGCAGCAGGAAGGCCACUGCGGGACUCUGCAUAGUUCCCCGGCAGGGAGGGGGUCUGGGAAGGAGGGUUGGUAUAGAGGUCGGUCUCACUGUCACUGUCAGUCCCUGUGGGCUGCAGGGUGAUUCCCCAAGAAGCAGGUGUUAGUGAGGAUACUUUUAACGGCUUCAUUGGGUGUAACCCUGCGCCAGGCACAGCACUAACUCAUUGGUCCCACAGCAACCUUCUCAUAAGUAUCUCCAUUUUGCAGGUGAGAAAACAGAGGCACAGAGAGGUUAAGGAAUCUAUCCACAUUCCCACAGCUGUUUCAGAGGCUGCUCCUCUCCAUGUGGUGGAAGAACAGCCCUUCCUGGAGCUGCCAUUUGAUGCAGAGGCCUGAGGCGAACCCCUGCCCGCAUCCCUCCCUGCCAAAUUCCGGGAGCCAGUCGAAUUUCAAAAGUCCGCUGGCCACAGGGCCGGUGCGCAGGCUGGGACCUCUGACCACAGCCAGCUGAGCCUGGGAACACGGGCAGCCGCGGACCGCCCAGCCUGGAGCAGCCUCUUUGACCCCGACCCUCGGAUUAGCAGCCCCAUGAAGGUGGCCAGCCAUGCAAUGUUCCUGGAAGGCCGUCCUCCUCCUCGCGCUGGCCUCCAUAGCCAUCCAGUACACCGCCAUCCGCACCUUCACCGCCAAGUCCUUCCACACCUGCCCCGGGCUGGCCGAGGCAGGGCUGGCAGAGCGGCUGUGCGAGGAGGGUCCCACCUUCACCUAUAACCUCUCCCGAAAGACCCACAUCCUCAUCCUGGCCACCACGCGCAGCGGCUCGUCCUUCGUGGGCCAGCUCUUCAACCAGCACCUGGACGUCUUCUACCUGUUCGAGCCCCUCUACCACGUCCAGAACACGCUCAUCCCGCGCUUCACCCAGGGCAAGAGCCCCGCAGACCGGAGGGUCAUGCUGGGUGCCAGCAGGGACCUCCUGAGGAGCCUCUACGACUGCGACCUCUACUUCCUGGAGAACUACAUCAAGCCGCCCCCGGUCAACCACACCACCGACAGGAUCUUCCGCCGCGGGGCCAGCAGGGUCCUCUGCUCCCGUCCCGUGUGCGACCCUCCGGGGGCUCCCGACCUGGUCCUGGAAGAGGGGGACUGCGUGCGCAAGUGCGGCCUGCUGAACCUGACCGUGGCCGCCGAGGCCUGUCGCGAGCGCAGCCACGUGGCCAUCAAGACUGUGCGCGUGCCCGAGGUGAACGACCUGCGGGCUCUGGUGGAAGACCCCCAGUUGAACCUCAAGGUCAUCCAGCUGGUCCGCGACCCUCGGGGGAUUCUAGCGUCACGGAGCGAGACCUUCCGCGACACGUACCGGCUGUGGCGGCUCUGGUACGGCACGGGCAGGAAGCCCUACAACCUGGACGUCACGCAGCUGACCACCGUGUGCGAGGACUUCUCCAAUUCCGUGUCCACCGGCCUCAUGCGGCCCUCCUGGCUCAAGGGCAAGUACAUGCUGGUGCGCUACGAGGACCUGGCCAGGAACCCCAUGAAGAAGACCGAGGAGAUCUACGGGUUCCUGGGGAUCCCCCUGGACGGCCACGUGGCCCGCUGGAUCCAGAACAACACGCGGGGCGACCCCGCCUUGGGCAAGCACAAAUACGGCACCGUGCGCAACUCGGCGGCCACCGCCGAGAAGUGGCGCUUCCGCCUCUCGUAUGACAUUGUGGCCUUCGCCCAGAACGCCUGCCAGCACGUGCUGGCCCAGCUGGGCUACAAGAAGGCCGCCUCGGAGGAGGAGCUCAAGAACCCGGCCAUCAGCCUGGUGGAGGAGCGGGACUUCGGCCCCUUCUCGUGACACGGCGUGACACGGCGCGGGGCGCGGGCGCCGGGUUUGCUAAAGGGACCGUUUUAACUGUUGCCUUAUUCCCCACCCCCACCCCGUCUUCGUGUCCUUCCCGCCCCCUGCCCAGCCGCCCCCUUCUGCCUUUUUGUCUCCGAUAUUUGCACUACUCGUCUGGGACGGGAACCGGGCAGAGGGCGCACGUGAAGUGGGGUCCGCCACCCCCCCCAUUCCGACACUCGGAGGUUGGGUCUCCUGGGGACGGGGACGAUGUUUACAGCGCCCCGCGCACACAUUCACGCACGCACAUGGGCCCACCAGGAGAGGCACCCAACACACGACUUCUCAAGUUUUUUGGAAUGAAUGAGUGGUUGGGGGAUGGUAGUUUUUGCACUGUUUCACUUCUACCAGGUAAGAGGAUGAAAACGGAAGGACCCCUCUCUCGAACUUCGGAAAGGGGUCUGUCCCUCCCGGUCCCUGCUUCCUGGCCCUGGCCCUCUUCCUCCCAUAGGACAGAGAACGCCCCCCUCCUGCCCGCCCUCGCCUGUCGGUGAGCAGGUUUUACUGUGAGGUGAACGUGGACGUCGUUUAUUUUUUCCAGUCUGUGGUGAUGCUGUCUGUCUGUCUGAGUCUUGUAGCUGCCCCUGGACCAGUGAUGGCUGAUGAAUCUUUUAAGUUUCUGAUUGAUCUUGGGGUCCAUUGUGAUAUUUCUUUGUGCCAAAAAAAAAAAAAAGAGUGAAUCAAGUUUGCUAAAUGAACAUUGAAAUGCUUUAUCUGUGUUUUCUGUAAAUAAAAGUGUGCAGUAAUAGCUGG